AAAAUUAAAACCAGACGCUAAAGCAGCCACAAGAACGGCAGAAGAGGAACAUGGGUUACCUCCUUCAAAUCCUGCUCGCUCUGUUCAUUUCUGUCAUCGGGGGCCUCUACCUGCUGGGGGCUUUUCGUCGCAGACGGCCCGGAGAACCUCCUCUAGACAAAGGCCCAUUUCCCUGGCUUGGCCAUGUGCUGGAAUUCAGGAAAGACACAGCAAAAUUCCUACAGAGAAUGAAAGAAAAGCAUGGUGAUAUAUUCACGGUGCAGCUUGGAGGCUUUUAUUUUACUUUCAUCACAGAUCCACUUUCCUUCGGCUCAGUGGUUAAAGAAGCAAGAGCAAAGCUGGACUUUACUAAGUUUGCAGAGGUACUGGUUGCAAGAGUAUUUGGUUAUCAUUCAAUGACAGAUGAACACAAGGCUCUCCAGACAUCAAGCACCAAACAUCUCAUGGGAGAUGGCCUGGUUGUCAUGACUCAAGCCAUGAUGAAAAAUCUCCAGAAUUUGAUGCUCCACAGUGUCGGAUCUGGAGAUGAAAAGGCAUGGCAAGAAACAGGACUCUUUGCUUACAGCUACAACAUUGUCUUUCGUGCUGGCUAUCUUGCGCUGUUUGGUAAUGAGUCACCCAAAGGAGCAGGAUCUUUAGAAAAAGCUAAGGAAAUUGACCGGGAACACUCAGACGAACUUUUUUGGGAGUUCAGAAAAUAUGACCAGCUCUUUCCCAACCUGGCUUACGGUGUCCUGGGACCGAGUGAAAAGAUGGAGGCAGAGCGUUUAAAGAAAUUGUUUUGGAACAUGCUUUCAGUGAAGAAGAUGAGCACCAAAGACAAUAUCAGUGGCUGGGUGCAGGACCAACUGCAGAUCAGGGCUGAAAACGGCAUGUCUGAGUCCAUGCGUGAUCGCUACAUGUUUUUGCUUCUGUGGGCAUCACAAGGAAACACGGGCCCGGCCGCCUUCUGGCUGCUUUUGUAUCUGAUGAAGCACCCUGAUGCUAUGAAAAAUGUCAAGAAAGAAGUCGAGGAGGUUUUACGAGAAACUGGGCAAGAGGUGAAACACGGUGGACCAUUGAUUGACCUGACCAGAGAUAUGCUCCUCAAAACUCCCAUCCUAGACAGUGCAGUAGAAGAGACGCUCCGUCUAACAGCUGCCCCUGUCCUUACAAGAGCCGUUCUUCAGGAUAUGACCAUCAACAUGGCCAACGGACAACAAUACAACGUUCGUGAGGGUGAUAGAGUAGCGGUUUUUCCCUACACUGCCAUUCACAUUGAUCCAGAGAUUCAUCCAGAUCCCCACACCUUCAAAUACGACCGUUUUCUCACAGCAGAUGGAAACAAAAAAACUGAAUUCUACAAGGGCGGAAAGAAACUCAAGUACUACAACAUGCCCUGGGGAGCAGGAACCACCAUGUGUCCCGGGAGAUUCUUUGCCACAAAUGAGCUCAAGCAGUUUGUUUUUCUCAUGUUGACAUACUUUGACUUUGAGCUGAAAAACCCAGAUGAAGAGAUUCCAGGUAUUGAUAUCAGAAGGUGGGGGUUUGGCUCCAUGCAACCAACUAAAGAAGUUCAAUUCAGAUACAGACUCAGAUUUUAAAACUUCAUCAUAUUAAAAAAAGACAUCAUAUGAACUGAUUUCAUUUUUAAUUCAUGAAAGAUGGCUUUCCACGUAUAUAUUAUCCUGUGCAUUUGAACUUUGAGGUUGCUGGAGAAAAGUUAUUGUGAUCUCUAUUAUUAUUGUGUCCUCUAUUACAAUGUCCUCUAAUACUCCAAAGUGAUGUUUUUACAAAAUCUCACAGAGAACAUGAGUUUGUGUCUUUUGUGUUACAUAAAGAAUAUAACUAUGUGAUAACAGACUAAACAAACUGUACUCCGAAUAUAUACUAUAUGCCCUAGGCUACUCUGUAGAUCAUUAUCUUGUUUUAACAUACCAUAUAUAAUGUGCUUUUGCCCAUGUGUUAUUUAAGAGACAAAGUAGAAUCUAGAUAAACUUCUUAAACUCUCUAAAUUUCUAAAAUACUUACAGUGUGCUUUCUGGGGGUCAUUCAGUAACAUUAACUAAAAUAAAAUACUUGUAAACAAGAAUGCAAAGUUCAAGGUCAGGGUGAAUAUUAUUUCCAAUGUAUACCAGUAUACAAAUUAUCCUGAAGAUUACUGACUGGGCAGAAAAAUAAGUGUAUUUUAAUUUCACAGAGGAGUGUAAGUAAUAUUUAAGAAACAUUUGAUGUUUGCCAUAAAUGGAGUGACUAUUUACACUAAUAGAGUGUCAUAGCUUUCCUUAUUGGCAAAUACUAUUUAUUUACAUUAGCUCCCCCCACAAAUAUCUGAUUGGAUCAUGACGUGUUGAAAUCGAUAGCUUCAGUGGUGCCAUAUGGCAGAUGAGCAUAUGACUCCUGCAACUGGCUUUUGACACAAUGUCCCUGGUUUCAAUCUGCCGACCUCACUCUUUUCCCUUUUCCUAUCACAUAUCACAUAGAAAAGCAUUUAUUUUCAAUAAAAAAAUUAAGAAAA